AUGAAUGUUGUUACUUUGAGGAAUGGAAAGCAAUUGGAAGAUCCUCCUAUCAAGGAGCCAUCAAAGGAGGUCGUUGAAGAAGUAGGUGAAGGUGAGAAGGAGAUUCACAAUGCUAAGGUCGAGGAUGAAGCAAAGGAUGAAACUCCAAAGCCACUUGCUCCAUAUGUGCCUAAAGUUCCUUUUCCUCAAAGGUUAGCCCAAGCUAAACUUCAGAAAAAGUACGGUAAAUUUCUUGAUAUUCUUAAAAAGCUUCAUAUAAAUAUUUCGUUUUUAGAUGCUAUAUCCGAAAUGCCUUCAUAUGCUAAAUUUUUAAAGGAUAUUCUUUCUAACAAGAAAAAGUUGGAAGAGAAUGCUACAGUUGCUUUGAAUGCAGAGUGCAGUGCUAUUUUGCAGAACACUCUACCUAAGAAAUUAGGUGAUCCAGGUAGUUAUUCAAUUCCAGUGAAGCUUGGAGAUAUUGAAAUCAACAGGGCACUAUGCGAUCUUGGUGCAAGUGUAAGUCUCAUGUCGCUGUCCAUCUGUAAGAAGCUACAAAUGGGUGAACUCAAACCCACAAGCAUAUCCUUGCAACUUGCAGAUAGGUCAGUCAAAUUUCCUUUGGGUGUGCUUGAGGAUGUACCUCUUCGUGUAGGUAAAUUUUUCAUUCCUUGUGAUUUUGUUGUGAUGGAAAUGGAGGAAGAUGUGGAUGUUCCAAUUAUACUUGGUAGACCUUUCUUAGCUACUGCGGGUGCAAUCAUUGACAUGAAGAAGGGUAAGAUUACUUUUGAAGUAGGUGAUGAAAAAUUGGAAUACUCACUUUUGAAUGUUAUGGGUACUCCCUCUAUGGGAGACACUGUUUGUCAGGUUGAUGUACUUGACGAGUUGCAGAGUGAGCAGCUUCCUUUGAGCAAACCAGAUGACGCACUUGAACAAGUGCUAGUAGGAAAGGAUGAUGGUGAUGGAGAUUGGGAAGCAAGAGAAUAUGCCAGGCUACUUGAAGAAGCAAAGGCCAACCCAAUCGCUAAUCCAAUCAGAGAAACACUUAGUGCAGUGAGUAUUGGGGAGAGUACUAAGCCUCCCGAGGUAGAGUUGAAACCUGUCCCUUCUAAUUUAAAAUAUGCAUAUCUUGGUCCUAAUAAUUCAUACCCUGUUAUUGUUAAUGCUGAACUCAAGGACACAGAAUUGGAGCAAUUGCUCAAUGUUCUAAGAACAUAUAAAAGUGUAAUUGGGUACACCAUUGAUGAUAUUAAGGGUAUUAACCCUUCUUUUUGUAUGCAUAAAAUUAUUCUUGAAAAUGAUCAUGCCUCUUCUGUAGAACCUCAAAGAAGACUUAAUCCAAAUAUGGUGGAGGGUAUUGAAGUUGAUAAGGCUAAGAUAGAGUUCAUAGAGCGUUUACCCCCUCCGAACUCUGUUAAAGGAGUUCGAAGUUUCCUUGGUCAUGCAGGUUUUUACCGUCGUUUUAUUAAGGAUUUUUUGAAAAUCGUUCGACCUCUAACUGAGCUCUUAGCUAAGGAUGUUCCUUUUGUUUUCUCUGAUGCUUGUCUUGAGGCUUUCAACAGGUUGAAGGAAGCUUUGAUCACUGCUCCUGUCAAGCUACCCCCUAGAUUGGAGCCUGCCGUUCGAAAUAAUGUGUGA